AAUAAAGCAAGAAAUCUGGGUGGCCAACUGACAAAGAAUUGGAGGGGAUUGACCAAAGGCUUAGGUAUUGCAGCGCCAUCUUGGUGAUGAAAUGAUGUUUUGUAGCAUGACCUCCACAUAAUGCACCAUCCAUUCAUGGUUUCAUUGACAAGGUGCUAAACAGGGAUGCACCAACCUGCAGCUUAAUCCAAGAUAAACCCCAAAGCCAUGACAUCACAUCUUUAUGAAUAUUAAUCAGCUUAGAGUGGGCUACCUUAUACAGAAUGUGGGCUAAAGCUGUAAUAUAUGCCGGAAUCUGAUUGGCCCGUUGGCUCCCAGUCUACAAUCAGGCUAGUGUCAAGUUUCCCGUAUCCAUUCCAUACAUACAAAAUGGCAGAAGAAAAGAAGAGCAAGGCUGGGUCUAAUGUGUUUGCCAUGUUCCCGCAAGCACAAAUCCAGGAGUUCAAAGAGGCUUUCACUCUCCUAGAUGCCAACAGGGAUGGCUUCAUUGAUGUCUCAGAUCUUCAAUGCAUGUACGCCAAUUUAGGCUUGGAACCAAAAAAAGCUGAUAUUGAAGCUAUGAUAAAAGAAUGCCCAGGUCAACUGAAUUUCACUGCUUUCUUAACAUUAUUCGGUGAAAAAAUGCAUGGAACUGACCCAGAGGGAAGCAUUAAAAGCGCAUUCGAAAUGUUUGAUGACGACAGAAAGGGUAUUCUUGAAGAAGAUUACAUCAAGGACCUUCUAACAAACAUGGGAGACAACUUCACAAAAGAUGAGAUUAAGUCUGUCUGGAAGGAGGCCCCCAUUCACGACAAGCAGUUCGAUUAUGUGCGUUUCACAAAAAUGGUGAAAGGAUCAGAUCAACAGGAAUAAAUGGUACAGCCGCAUGAUCUCCCAAGAGACAAUAAGGAUUUAUCCUAUAUCCUAAGGAUUUAUUCCAUGCCCAAAUCCUAUAUCCAGCCUGGCUUGCAUGGACCAUUAUAACAAAGCAUGAAAUAGACUUUUAAUGUGAAUACUAAAGAAUAGGACAUUUUUUAUGGGAUGUUUUACCAAUGUGGUUCACCACUAUAGAAGGUUAAUUGAAGACACCAUAGUUUAGGCAGGGGGACAUAUUGGUACAACAUAACCACAUUAAAAACAAAAUUUCACUUUGAGGAAAUUCAGUGCUUUUAAACCUCAAUUGUAUCAUUUUUGAAUUUAUUCUUCCAGAUGUACUUCCCAAAUGUUGAGAUUGAGCAUGUCAAAAUUAAAAAAAAAUCAAAAAAUGAUAUUUUCACAUUUCUCUGGCAGUGUUUGAAUUUUUUUAAAUUAUUGAUCCUCCAAGAGUC